AUAGACACAAAGAGGUAUAUAACUCUUUAUUCAUCUUCGAUUUCUCUUCCCCUUCAUAUUCGAAUUAUGAACGACAAAGGAAUCAUGGAGAUCGAAGCUACCAUGAAGGGUACAACGACAGUGGGCACUGGGGGGCUGUCUCGUCAGACCAGCAUCAAUAAGACCAACUGCCUUUGCUCACCGACCACUCACCCGGGGUCAUUCAGGUGCAGGCUACACCGAACUCCUUCGCUUCAACGUACCAAGAGCGUUGAGACUACAAACAUACUUCAAGAACCUAUGGCUAAGCCAGAUGAUUCUAGCACCGGAGAUGAACCGGCUAAGUAGCCACUGUCAUCUUAGGUUCGUUUAUGUGUUUGUGCUUUGGAGCAUUAUUAUGAAUCCUUAUGCUAGCUAGUAACCAAACAAGGUAGCAUUUCAUAUCUAUAUUUUGUUCAACCAAAAAUUUUUGGACGUAGGCAUAUGAUAUUCUACUUCUAGAAACGGACACCAAAUUUAAAUAAUCACUUCUCCAUCGCCGGUGCUCGAAAUCUGAUCCUUAUUUCUGUUUCUCAUUUCUUUCUCAUUUCUUUUCUAUGUCUUGUAUUUAUUAUUGGCUUUAUAUAUGGAAGUGUUUCGGUCA